AUGAGCCACCUCCUGGAUGAAUCCCUUGUUUUUGGUAGGACGAAGGAGAAAGAGAGCAUCAUAGAGUCAGUGUUAUCUUUCAGUCAGGGCAGUGGAGCUCAUGUUCUACCAAUUGUUGGUAUGGGCGGCAUUGGCAAGACCACGAUGGCACAGAUGGUUUAUAAUGACAGACUAUUCCUGGAAAGUUAUGAUCUCAUGGGUUGGGUUCAUGUUUCCCAAACAUUUGAUUUAGUCAGGCUAACAAUUGCAAUCACCGAAUCCCUGACCAGGAAAUCAUGUAACUUCAAUGAAUUAAGCUGCGUUCAUGACAUUCUGAAGAAAGCGGUAAAUGGAAAGAGUGUAUUCCUAGUGCUGGAUGAUCUAUGGAAUGAAUGGCAAGAUUUGCUGUGUCCACUCAAGUUUGCUCGAAGUCUGACAGUUCUGGUGACUACUAGGAGUAAAGAGGUGGCACGCCUUGUGCAAACAGUUGGACCCUUUGUCCUUGGCUCAUUAGCUGAUGAUCAUUGCUGGUUAUUGUUCCAACACUGUGCUUUUGGGGACAGGAUGAUCCAUGGACAAUGUAGUUUGGUUCAGGUUGGUAGGAAAAUUAUCCAAAAGUGUGGUGGACUACCACUGGCAGUUAAGGCGAUAGGUUGCAUGUUAAGGUCCAAGAUGGACAUGCAGUUUUGGAUGGAAAUAUUGGAAAGUGACUUUUGGGAGUGUUCAGAUGAUAAUGAAGAGAUCUUCUCUGCUCUCAGGUUGAGCUUCUAUCGACUGCCAGCAAGGCUGAAACCUUGUUUCUUGCUAUGUGCUUUAUAUCCAAAAGGUCGGCAAUUUACCAAGGGUCAGAUGAUUCACUUGUGGGUUGCUCAAGAGCUUCAUAUAUGCAUUGGAAACCUUAAGAAGUUGCGACGCCUUAAGCUUUCUCAAAUUGCAGUAAUCAAGUUGAAUCAUGAUUCUUUCCAAUGUCAUAAUAAUAACAAUAAAUGCCAGCAAAUGGAGGUAGCAUUUCCUGCUCUGGAGGAGUUAGAAUUUGAUCGUUUGCGUGCUCUACAGGACUGGUGUGGAUUGCAGGAUUCAGAUUGUCCAAAGUUGCAGAACAUCACUAUACGAAACUGCUACAAACUAAGAAGAAUACCUUAUUUUGAUUCUGUCAGAAAGCUAAUGUUAAGCAAGUUAGCGCUCACAGAUCUCCAGCUUUCAGUCCAUAGUGCACCGUCUCAGCUGCAAAUUCUUGAUAUCAGAGAUUGUCAGAGCCUGAAUUCCUUGGUGGGGCUGGAAUGUCUUUGUUCUCUUGGGAGCUUAUAUAUUGCCAACUGCCCUGACCUCAUCGUCCCUCCUAAAAUGAAGCUGCCAUGCAAGCCAUUCAUCGAUGAGUGCCUUGGACUGAUGGAAUGGCUGGAGAUCAGAGGAUGCCCAAAACUUCUAGCGCUAGUGGGUUUGGAGAAUCUGGACCUUCUCAACAGCUUGGUUUUAGCUGAUUGCCCUUUGCUUUAUAUAUUGCCUGGAAUGAAGUUUCCGCCAAGGUUAACAUCUUUAGUAGUUCAUGGGUGUCAUAAGCUUAUAUCUCUCGACUUAGAAUCCAAUCAUUCAACGUUGAUUGAACUUGAGGUAUCAGAUUGCCAAGGAUUCUUGCACAUUGGAGGUCUGGAGCAUCCGACAAAUCUGGAAAGCUUGGUACUACUUCAUUGUCGUCUACUUGAGCUUCAGGAACUGUUGCCAGUCAUUCCUGAAUUCCUUACUGUAUUCCUAUGUCCCAAAUUGAAGAAGUGGUGCGAAAUCCAAAGUAUUGAAUAUGUGCUAGAGGCCAUCUAUGCCGUAGUCUCGUCACUCGUCACUACUGCUGCUCCUUGUCGCAACGAUAGCGCCCGUGCGGGUGCUGCAACUCCUCGUGGCAACGGGCUACCUGGCUGCCGGACCUCCUGCGGCAUCGUGAGCGUGCCGUACCCAUUCGGGCAUUCGGCAUCGACGCCAACUGCUCCCUCCCGGGCUUCAAACCUCACCUGCGACGACAACGCGCACAACCCGCUGAGGCUGCUGCUCAGCGAAGGCUCUGCCGACCUCCGGGUCACCAACAUACAUCUUGACAACGCCACCAUAUACGUUGCCAGCGGCGCCGUACUAAACCAAAGAUACCUCCAACCCAGAGCAAAGGGCAAACACCAUCGUGGGACUUCGCCCUUGGCAACAGGCAGUCCGGGUGCAAGCCCUGGGGCUGUUCUUCCUCUCAUACCACCACAACAAGUUGAUCAUUCUGGGAUGCAACAUCCAGGCCAAGCUGUUCGGGAACACCGGCCGCCUCAUCACCGGCUGCUCGUCCUUCUGCACAUUGGAGAUGCGCCGGCACAAGGAGGUCGUCUGGGAGCCCGUCCAGGGUGA